UUGGAAUUAAAAUGGCAAUAUUCAUUAGAAUCAGCCCCUAUUAAUAUUGUAAUCAGCUUACUCAUAACUCCCGAGGUCCUGUAUAGAUAUUGUCGGAUGUAGAGCAGCGUCCUUUCUUUCGCCCCUCGAUUCAUCCCUAGACUCUUUGACAUAAAUCCGAGUAUAACUACCUAGUAAAAGUCCUGAUGCAUUUCCUAUCUAAAUAAACCUCGUUUUCAACAUAAUGACUACUAUACUCAGUCUUCUUGCCAACGCCGAGCUGAUUCUGCUAGCUACACUCGAAACAGGACAUUAUAAGGCUUACUAUUGCUUUCCCAGCUGUGUCACGUGUUCUAAGUAUUCGUGUAGAAAUUGCCCUUGUUAUAGAGUUGUAAGUUCACGUUCCCCAUUUCGAAAUUUUAUUGAACCACACAAGAUGAGCUUGUCUGUUCAAGGUAGACAUCGAAAUAUAUGUUGCUAACUGGCUUCAUCUGUAGUACACCACAUGUUGUACCGAAAAUAACCCAAAAGAGAAGAACAAUGGAAAGACCCAUGGGCGAAUGGAAUUUACUAUGUAAACUGUUAAACGGGUAAGGCUGUCCCAUUAUAGAGGCAAAGGGGAUGCGAAGAAGUAAAUAUCUACUCAUAUGAUAGUAUGCAUUUACCAAUGAACAUGAUGUCGGUAAGGUAUCAUUCUCGUCGGAUAACGAGGCGAACGACCGAAGUCAGCGAAAGAGUUACUGAGUACUGCAACAUUUAGAUGAGUGCGGUGACGUAAUGGAUAACGACAACUCUUAGCUUAGCCUCGAUUUUGCGUGUAACCACGAUAUAGGAGAUCUGGGUUGAUCGAUUAGGGCGGACAGUAGGUAGAGGAGGAAGCGAUUUCAAUGUUUGAUUGUAGCGGUCUGUCUUGCAGAUGCAAAUAUGUAAGUACCCGUAUACAUACUUCAUACUUAAUUUUAUUGUGAACAUAAAAC